CGCAAUGCACACGACGGCAUUACAACUGAAGCAUGUGUUCGUAAAUCUCAACGAAUAUCGUGCCGUUCUACAAUACCGCGUGUCCAGCUCGCACUGAUAGGAGUUCAGACUGGCAUCGCUCUUAUCACGGCUUCCAUGCUGUCUCUGAGUGAAGCCAUCCUACUGCAUCUCCUCCCAGCCAUCUUCGUUGACAUCGUGUUCCGUUCCAUACCAGCAUGCGAAGGUGGGAGUGGCCCUACCGCUACGGGUACACCUUCGCCGGCAACCUCCACCAAAACCUCUACCUCCCGUUCCGCCCACCAUUUUCCUUCCGUGUCCUUGAACUCCAACCUGGCCACACCUCCUCCCCAGUCCAAUGCAACCUCCUCAACGCAGCCCUGGACGACGCACCCAACUACGAAGCGCUAUCCUACUGCUGGGGCGACCCCAAAGACUCGCAAACCAUCACCUGCGAUGGACGCAGCUUUCCCGUGACCAGGAAUCUGCAUGAAGCGCUGGUCGGGCUGAGGCGGCGGAGCGGGAAAAGGACGCUUUGGGUCGACGCGUUGUGUAUCAACCAGAGGGACUAUGCAGAGCGGAACCAGCAGCUGCGUCUCAUGGGGCAGAUCUAUCGGAAAGCAGACAGAGUCGUAGCGUGGGUAGGUCGAGAGUCGGAUGUGGCCGGCAUUGCGAAGAACGUGUUUGAGAAACUGAGGGCGCUCGAGGAGCGCGUUGGGGGCGUCGUCAUCCUCGAGCCUGACGCACAGCACUUGCGCGCAUUGGGACUGCCAGAGGAACUGUGGCCGGCAUGGAGUGCGUUGCGGUAUUUCUUCAAACUUGCCUGGUUCCAGCGCGUCUGGGUCAUCCAGGAGGUGGCGAAUGCCUCGCAACUGGAUGUCACGUGUGGCGAGGUACACCUGCCGUGGGACGACCUGGUGUUUGCUGCUCGGUGUGUCGCGGAGAGCCCAAUGCUAGCUGGAUCCAACACUGCGCAAAUCUGCCAGCAUAUCGGCUUUAUCGAUGAAUGCAGACGCUCAUCGCAGCAUGGCACCGGCGGGCAGCUGUCGUUGUUCAACCUGCUGUAUCGUAGCCGGCGGUGCGGAGCCACAGAUCUGAGAGACAAGAUCUUUGGCCUUUAUCCACUGGUCAAGGAUCAAUCUACUUUGCCGGAGGCGAACUACGAGAAGGCAGUCCGUACCGUGUACACAGAAACCGCGCUCCACCUUAUCAGAACCACCGGGAGGCUUGAUGUACUCAGCUGCGCCGGCGCAGCUCGUGUCCCGCAUACACGUCCUCUCAACCUCCCCUCUUGGGUCCCGGACUGGCAUUCGUACGAUAAGUCGACACCAUUAGCUCCAUUCUCGGAACCCAGCACCUCUCGUUUGGACUACGAGGUAUCGGAGGAUCUCUCCAAGCUCACACUUAGCGGGGAUAUCGUCGACGAAAUAGUCUCGCUCUCUGACAUCAUCCUGCCCUUCCGCUACGCGCUCAACGGGGCGCACGUCAACCUCCUCUUCCAGCAAUGGCCAGAUGCGAGCGUCGUUCUCGAACCAACACAGGAAAUCAUUCGCGUCUUGGAUGUCCUCCCUCAACGUGCUGCACUGGGCGACUUCAACAUUGCGAGUCUACCAUCUGCUUCAUACACUAAAGGCUGGCUCAAGGCGAACAGGAACCAGCUGACAAAAACAUUCUACGGGCGCCGAGUCUUUCGAUCUGCGGGUGGCCGCUUGGGGCUGGCAUCCUCUCAGGCAAGACUAGGCGACAAUAUUGUGGCUUUGGAGGGGGGAACCGUCCCCCUCGUAGUACGCCGGAAAGAAAAUGCGUACUCGUUAGUCGGUGAAUGCUUUCUAGCCGAUUUCAUGGAUGGACUGUCUUUUAAGAAUGCGAACACGGCGUCAAAGAUAACUCUGGAAUAACAGGAUGUUUCGUGUCCCAAAAACGCACGCAAGCUAGCCACUAAUUCUGCGAAGCGGCCAGAGGAUAUGCCGACAAGUGCCGGAGGAGAGAAGAAGAGGCGGUGAACGGGCACACGGGGAAGCUGGUCACGUAAAUUGUGUGGCUCAACGUGUUGUCAGCAUUAACACUACGAAGGCCGGAUCCAUGGGUUUGUGCGAAUAGCAGGUACUCGAUGAACCAUCCAUUCAAGGGACC